AGUACACGUGUUGCAAAUGUACAGUAAGUACAGGCCCAGUUAUUCGAGUUCGCGCGUUGUAGGGAGGGGUGUGUCUCCCUUCAUGUAUAAUGCCCUUCUUGAUGGCACAGAAUCACUCGUCCUUAAAUGACAUAACUGCUGCCACAACGGACACCAUGCUCGGGAGCGUACCCAGCACCUCGUUUAGCCACUUCACCCCGGUAGUCCCGUUUACUGACCAAUUAGAUCACUAUAUACGCACGAACAAGAUUAGUGAGGGCGCCGCUUCGUCGAUAUACGAAGCAAUUCAUGUUCUUUCUAACCGCAAGGUUGUCCUGAAGAUUCAGAGCAAACAGCGCAGGGCGUUGGUGAGCCUGGAAACCGAGGUAUUUGUUUCGGCCCAGGUGAAACACCCUAGCAUCUGCCAAUUGUAUGCAGUGAUCGAUCUGGAGGAUAGCGUGAUCAUGGUUUGUGAGUACUUGGAAGGACCAGAUCUCUUCGAUGCUGUGGUUGUGGAUGUCGGCCUUCCUGAAUACACUGUGAGGUCGUACAUUCAUCAAUUAAGCGGCGCGAUACAGUACUUGCACCAUCGGAAUAUAGCACAUAGGGAUAUCAAACCCGAAAAUGUGGUGCUAAGCACGAAGACAGGUUCAACAAUCAAGCUCAUAGAUUUUGGCCUGUCAGCUGUGCUUGAGAAGAGCACCUCGCACACAAUCGUAGGAACUAUCCCUUAUAUGUCAUUUGAGCUAGUUGAGUGCUUAGGGCUACCCAGAGAGAAGAUGUUGGCUAAAUGUGCUAAUAUCGACUGGAAAAUGGUGGAUGUGUGGGCGCUGGGUAUCGUGAUGUUCACGCUGCUAACCGGUCGCUUCCCAUGGGGCCGUGCGUGUAUGAAUUCAAGGGAGUAUGUCAGGUAUCUGGAUGACAGGUCUACUCAACUGCCGUGGAGCUCGUUGGAAACAUCCGCGCUUAAAUUACUUCACAUGAUGUUAGAACCUGAUCCCAAGAAAAGAGCCACUAUUGACCAGUUGGUGACAUUCAUGCGACGGUGCUGGAAGUGCUAGCGCCCCGUGGAUUCUCGCGUUGUAACGAAACAGGAAACGCGACGUUUUAUUACAGUUGAUUUGUCCUUUCCUCGAAAGAAUGCUCGAGACUACGCCCGUCGGACUAUGAGCCUCUCUAUUCCUUCCAGAAUACUGCAUUAACAUAUCUGCACAUGUUUGCGAGAAAGGGUACUAUCAACAACGGGGACAAUCCUAUCAAAGAAUAUAUUAAUCAAUAAGGCCAAAUCAGACGCCAACCCCGGGGUUUGCCUCAUAUAUACUGCCUCCAUAUGUCUAAUUCCUGCCGAAGUGACAUACAAAGGAGGAAACAAUGGAAUUACAACAGAGGAAACGAACACCACACACUGACAGUAUGAAGAAAGUAUAAAGUAUCUUUCGUGAUAUAUAAUGGACCACCGUGCCGAGUGUACUUGCUAGUACAAACAAGAUGACGAUUAUAGGUAGCAAGUCAUAAUAAAGACAAAAUGAACUACAAGC